UAUAUUCCUGAAAAAAAUAACAGUUUACAUUUCAUUUUUCAGAGCUCAGAGAUGGUUUGAUUGAAUUCUACAAAACGAGACACAGUAAAGUUUUCCUGUCGCCCCUGUUCGAAGAAAAUGACACGCCUUUGGCUUCUUUCUACGUAAGACCUGAAUUGAACUUAAUAAUCUCAGCCCCGAUGAGAAAUGAUGAACAAACACCCGUCAUUUCAUUAUUGGAGAUGUUUAAAACCGGAAAACAAGCUAACCGAGAAAUACAUGUUAUUGCUGAUGCUGGUCUCGGAAAAACUGCAUUUUCAAACUAUCUGGCGAUCACGUGGUGUCAAGCUCAUUUUCCAGAUGAAGACAUAAUUCAAUCUUUUGAAAAGGAUGAUAUAGACUGUAUGCAGGAAUUUGAUUUCUUAUUUCUGGUCUUACUGCGAGAUUCCAACAAUUUAUGUUCUAUAGAUGACCUCAUAUUUAAAACAAUUGUUUCAAAUUUGGGUCUACAAGAAAAGCCUUCCGAGAAUUUUCUCCUUAAAAUUUUGAAAAAUGAGAAAUGCCUCAUUAUACUUGAUGGACUGGAUGAAUGGACCCACCCCGAAAAGGAAUGUGACAGAUCGCCCCGAUCGAUCCCCCACAGGAAUGAUCGAGAAAAGUGUACAGUACUGACCACUACGAGACCAUGGAAAUUAGGAGAAUUGAAUCUAAAUCCGUGUCAAAUAGGAAAAAAGGUAGAAAUUACACGAUUAAGUAACGACUCGGCGGUCACGCUUAUAAGAAGGAUUUUACAAAGAUUGAAAUCUCACCAGAAUAAGGACUUAUUAGACAGUGACGUCAGGCAGUUCAUACAAACAAUCAAUAGGAGACAAAACGCCCAGCUUGCUUUUGUGCCUCUUCUUUUAAUAUAUACUAUUUGUUUAUGGUGUGACGGUAUUCAAAUAGGAGAUUCAAAAUGUGAUCUGUAUAUAAAUAUAGUCGAACUUCUUUUAUCGAGAACGAUUCAGAUCCACGUUGAGCUUCAACAAUCGUGUGACCUUUCUGAGGGUAACAUCCCUAAUUGUCUUGCUGAAUAUAAAAACUGCAGGAAAUAUUACUCACUCCUAAUGUGUUUGGGGAAAUUAGCUUAUUAUACGUUAUUCAAUAAAACAAGAGAAAACACGUUGGUAUUUGAUGGAUCAGUUGCUAAAAAAUAUCUCUCAACAGACGAGAUGAAAUUCACCCUUCACUCAGGAAUGUUGUCAGAAAGUACAUCUAAAACAUUAACAAAAAAGUUUAGUAAAGUGUCAUUUUCCCACAAAACAGUUCAGGAAUUCUUUGCCGCCAUAUUUAUAAGUUCUGAAAAUGAGGCUCAGAAAAUUGUUGUAGAAAAAUGUAGAAAUAUUCAAGACAUUCUGGACAUGUCAAAAAUUUGUGAAUUUAUAAGUGGAAUGAAUGCUGACCUGAUGUGUGCAGUAUUAAAUGAUUUGAUGUCUGUAAUAAAUGAAGACGCGAAAACACGCGACUAUAGAACAAGGACAGGUCGCGAGGGCGCCAUGUACUAUAAUCCAUUGUAUAACAUACAGAUAAUGUUCAUGUCGUGUUUACAAGAAAUGCCUGAAAGUGAAAAUAUUCAAUUAUGUUUACAAGAUUUCUUCAUUGACGAGAACACCGAGCACAAUGAGCUGUUACAACGUUUGUUAAAACAAAAUAAAACCAACAUAAAAUCACUUUAUAUAAACAUCGACCCUUAUACUUCCGGCAGUUUACAUGAAAUUAUAGAUUUAUUCUCUCUCACAGAUCUCAGUCAUAUACAGAAACUUUACUAUUAUGGUGACAGGAGGAAGGAGGCUGAGAUAACCCGGAUUUGGUUUCCCAGUUUACAGUCCGUUACUUUGCAGGAUGACGAAUGGACAAAUGAUGAAGAAAAUCUGAGUGAAAAUUUGGCGCGAUUACAAAACAUAAAAUAUUUAUAUAUUUACAAGUUCAUGUUAUCUCACAAAAUACUGGAACCAUUUUACAAUUUUAUCUCCCGUCAAAAAUCAAUAAAAGAGUUAACAUUGCAUGGGUUAGACUGUAAAGAACAUGGCAGCCGUGAUUGUCAGAGAUUGAACUUGGACUUAUCUCAACAUUCAACUCUAUCAAAGUUACACUUGCAGGCGUUACCUUGGAGGCUAAAAUUAAAUUUAUCAACAGCGUCAUUAGUUAAUGUUACGUUGUGGAGAAUCAAUCUAGAUGAAAGUUCAUUGUUACUGUCACGUGACAUGUUGAAUAUUGAACGUGUGGAGUUGUUGGGUAUAGAAAUGUCUGCAGAAAGUUUACAGAACUUUAUUACCGUGCUGAAAAAUCUGCCGCAGUCAGUUACAGUAGAGAUGGACGCCAUUACACCGGAAACAGAAUAUGACCGUGUUAGAGAAAAUAUUCGGAGUUCACAAACUUUUCAUGUGAUACAAGACGACGACCAUGGCUGGCGGGGACGGGUGAUUGAGUUCAAAACAAUAAAACCAAGUAAAGAAUAAACAAGGACAAACAUUGUAAAAUAAACUGAAGGAAUUACUUAAAUAAUUUUAAAUGAAAACAAUUUAAAAAUGGACACUUAAAAAACAAAAUGGCGACUUCGUUUACGUUAUACAUGUACUGUAUAGUUUGGUCAUUUAAUUUACAAACAUUUAUUUCUGUUUAAAGGUUUAAUUAAGUGACAGUUGUUUAUAAAUAAAUAAAUAAAAACAUUUUAAGAGGAUAAAUUAUUCAAGGAAGGAAGUUAUUUACCGGAACUUAAUGGAUUUAACUUGGAAUUAGGAUUUGGAAAUAUUUCACAGUGGCCUUGGAUUAAAAUUUCCGAUUCUUUGGUGUGCAGAAUCUCCCGUGACAUUUUAUAUGGAGCAUUGUGUGAUGAUAGAUCAAUUUGUAGAGAUGUAUUUGAAAAACAUCCUCUUGUCUUGAAAAUCAGCUAUAAUAAAUCUACAGGGACAAUGAGGACAAUCACAACUGUUUGGCUUUUUAUCCAUUAAUCUCCGGAUGAUUAUCAGCGGGUUGUUCUGAACGACAAAGAAGUAAAAGUUCUUAAAUAGUAACCAAUCUUAUAAUUUUACACCUGAUACCUGGCUGUUCGGGGGACAAAUGUCAAAUAAUUAUGUGAUUAACAGUCGCAGAAAAAACCCUAAAUCAUCAUUACUUGCCAAUACAUUGAAUAACUUUCUGGUUCCUUGCUUAAUGGAAGGAAACAAAAUAGAAAACUUUUGCAUUACACAGUUAUCUUGUAUCUGUUUUGUACAAUUAGAAUUUGAAUCUUGAUAACAAUUACACCAAGACCACUGUUAAAUAUUUCAGUAUUCCUUUGAAAAAAUCUUUUAUGUAAAAAAGGUCUUAUUUAAUAAUUUAAUUUAUGAAUUAGAUAUACAGUACAUGUAUAAAUUUGUUUAUGCAAUUUUAGAAUAAUAUUAUAUAACAAGAAUUGUUAAGUAAUUUUUUAUUAAAGGCCCAUUAUGCUUCAGAAAUUAUGUCAGUUUUAUUUAAUUUUCGAAAACAGUUUCAAAAAAUAAACCCUUUUGCCAUAUACAUAAUUUAAAGAUAGUGAUGCUGAUUUUUUUUUGUUUAGGCAAUUGGUAUAAUUAAAGUGAAUCAAAAGUAGUAUGAUAGUCAAAAUACUACUUAAAGUGUAAUGCCCCCUUCGAAAAAGAGGGGGUAUAUUGUUUUGCUAAUGUCAGUCUGUCUGUUGGUCUGUCCGUCGUUAGACCACAUAGUUUCCGCUGAAUAUCUUGACAACUGUUUAUCACAGAGUCUUCAUAUUUCACAUAGUGAUUUGCAAUAACUAGUUGAUGAUCCCUAUUGAUUUUGGGUCACUUGGUCAAAGGUCAAGGUCACAGGAGCCAUAAAUGUCAAAAUGGUUUCCGCUGAUUAUCUUGAAAAGCAUUUAUCACAAAUUUGUCAUAUUUUACUUAGUGAUUGGCCAUAGCUAGUAGAUGACCCCUAUUUAUUUUGGAGUCACUUGGUCAAAGGUCAAGGUCACAGGAGCCAUAAAUGUCAGAAUGGUUUCCGUUGUUUAUCUUGAAAAGUAUUCAUCACCAAGCCUUCAUAUUUCAUUAUUGAUUGGUCAUAACUAGUAAAUGACCCCUAUUGAUUUUAGGGUCACUAGGUCAAAGGGGGGCCUUGAAUGGUAGUAUGAUUUCUGCUUAUUUUCUUGAUUACUAUUUAUCACAAAGUCACAUAGUGAUUGGUAAUAACCAACAGGUAUUGCUUUUGGGGUCACUAGGUCAAAGGUCAAGGUCACAGAGGCGUUAAAUGUCAGAAUGGUUUCCGCUUAUUAUCUUAAAAUCUAUUUAUCACAAAUUCUUCAUAUUUCACAUACUGAUUGGUCAUAACUAGUAAGUGACCCCUAUUGAUUUUGGGGUCACUAGGUCAAGGUCAUAGGGUUCUUGAAUGUAAGUAUUGUUUCCGCUCAUUAUCUUGAAAGCCAUUUAUCACAAAGUCUUCAUAUUUCUAAUAUUGAUUGGUCAUAACAAUUAGAUGACCCCAAUUGGUUUUGUGUCACUAGUUCAAAGGUCAAGGUCACAGGGGCCUUAAAUGUCUCAUUAUCUUGCAAACUAUUUAUCACAAAGUCUUCAUUAUUUUUGUUUCCAUAAUUUAACAUUUCCAUGUACCCAUUUAUGGAAAGUUUCUAUAACAAAAUUAUCAAUAAUAUGAGUCAAGGGCUAGAAAAGGGGGCAUAUAUGUCGUUUGACAUUUCUUGUUUACAAUUUAUUACCUUUAUUACACAUUACUGCAGGUUCAGAGAUAUUUUCACUUGUUAAACAUCUAAAAUACUCUUGAACAAUUAUCAAAACAUUAUUUAACAAAUGCUUGACUUUUCUAGAUAAUAUUUAUUUUCUGAGGCAUAUUGUGCCUUGUUAGUAUAGCGCAGUGGUUGUUGCGUAUGGGGGUUGCGUUCAUUGAACGCUGCAUUUCCUUGUUGAUCGUGUUUAUCAUAUUUUGUUAAUUUGCCUUAAGGGUAUUACAAAUGUAUUGUUUUGUAAAAAGAUUUUGAAGUGUGUAUGAUAAUUACAGAUUUGUUUUUUUACAGUUUCCUUCUUCUUUGUAAUAAUUUAGUUUUCUGAACAAACAUUCACGUAAAUUGUUUUUAUUUUUGUGAUACACGGAAAUUAUGUAUAUGAAGAUACAUUAUAAUUCAUAAUGAUUUUGACAGGUUAUAUUACCCAGUAUAACAAGCUUCAAGUAUAUAACCCGAGUCACAAAAUGAUGGUUAUAUAACAAACAACAUUUCAUGCAUGGCCAUAUAACAUGUUAUAUGUCUUUUUAUCCAAAUAAUAAUAUUGCUAUCUUGCUCCCUUUGCUUUGAAACAAUUAAUGGUAAUAUGCAUUUGCAGUAUAUAUUUUUAGUUAUAAAGCUUCUCAAUUUGUAACAGCUGUUUGCACAUAUAACCUCAGCUGAUAGGUGAAGAUUAUAUUGCUUACAACUGUUUAAAUAUGGCCAUAUAAACCUAUAAGUAAUUUGAUAAUGAAUUUAUAAUACAGCAAAGUUCCUUCAUUAUAGAAAAUAAAAAGUUCAUAAAUUGACAGAGAGGAAUAUAUAAAUGUCAUGCUUAUCCAAUGAAAAGUGACGUUUCCAGCAUACAGUAUUAUUUCAUUAAACUGUAUAUUUGAGUUACCAUUUAUUAUGCCCCCGCCAUGUAAUGGCCGGGGCAUAUAGUGUUACCCUGUUCCGUCCUUCCGUCAUUCCGUCAUCAUCAGUUUCCGUUCAUAAUCUUAGUAACGGUUGCACACAUUGAACUCAAAUUUGACAUAUAGAUAUGUCAUCAGAAAAUAUAGGUCAAGUUCGAAUUUGGUCAUGGUUCAAUGAUUUUUGGCAGAGUUAUGCCCCUUUUACUUUGAAAAUGAUAUGAAAUUUUCAGUUUCCGUUCAUUAUCUCCCCCAACGUAACAACACAUUCAACUCAAAUUUGACAUAUGAAUAUGUUAUGAGAAAAUACAGGUCAAGUUCAAAUUAGGUCAUGGUUCAAUGAUUUUUGGCAGAGUUAUGCCCCUUUUACUUUGAAAAUUAUAUGAAAUUUUCAGUUUCUGUUUAUUAUCUCCCCAACAGUACAACACAUUCAACUCAAUCAUAUGGAGAUGUUUUUGGAAUGCCCAGGCCAAGUUUUAAUUUGGUCAUUAUUCAAUGCUUUUUGGCAGAGUAAUGCCCCUUUCAUUUUGAAAAUUAUAUGAAAUUUUCAGUUUCUGUUUAUUAUCUCCCCAACAGUACAACACAUUCAACUCAAAUUUGACAUAUGGAUAUGUUUUUGGAAUGCCCAGGCCAAGUUCGAAUUUGGUCAUGGUUUAAUGAUUUUUGGCAGAGUAAUGCCCCUAACACUUUGAAAAUAAUAUGAAAUUUACAGUUUCUGUUCAUUAUCUACCCAACAGUGUUACAUAUUCAACUCAAAUUUGACAAAUGGAUAUGUCAAAGGAAUGGGCAGGUCAAGUUGGAAUUUGGUCAUGGUUUGAUGAUUUUUUGGCAGAGUUAUGUCCCUUUCACUUUGAAAAUAAUAUAGAUACAUCUUAGGAAUAAGCAGUUUAAGUUUGAAUUUGGUCGUGGGUAAAUGAUUUUGGUCAAACUUAGCUUUCUUGAAUGCUGGAAAAAUUUUGAACUUUCAGUUUCAGCACUCAUACUUUUGUGGAAAUGUAUGUAACCAUUAUUUUGGCUACAUAUAUGAAAUAUGCUAUUUUCAAAAGGUUGAGACUGAAUAAUUUCAGUGCCUUAAUUGAACAUUGUAUGAAAAUGGUUUGUGUUAACAUUGAAAAGUUUUAAGGGCUUUGAACUUAAAAUGAAAACAAUAAUUUGUGCAAAAUAAAUUGGAACUAAAUAUAAUAACAUCUGAAAUUUUGGCUGCAAGCGGGGGCAUCCGUGGCAUGAUGACACAUUUCUAGUUUAUUUUUAGCUAGUGUAUGUUUAAUUUUAUUUGUAAAUAGUCAUUGUUUGUGGAGUGAUAUCACUUUAAAGCUGAAUGUCUCAUAGAUAAGGAGUACUUUAGAAUAUUGUACAAUUUAGAGAUAAAUUUGAUAACAAUAUUAGCAGAUUUGAGUAUAUUAAUGACAAUACAUAUUGCACUUCUGAACAAUAGCAAUAUCAAAUUGCACGAUUUUUCUAAAUUGUACAUGGUAUCUAUAACGGAUAGAUAUGAUACGAAUAGCAUGCAUUUCAAGCAGCUUCCUUUUGAUUCUUGAUAUUUUUCAUGAAAAUUUUAAAAUUGUAUUUAAAAGUUAAAUAUUGUGAAGUGAAAAAAGUAAUUGACAAAUUGCAAACAGUGCCUAUAAUCCAUGUAAAUUACAAAAAAAUGUCAAAAUAUGCUGUAAUACCUAUUCUUAUGUUAGUAACGAAGAAGUAUGUUGAUGUUACAUUCUGUAUUUAAAUAAGUCAUUAAUCAUACAAAACAUGUAAAUUAUUGAUUUAAUCCUAUAUAUUUUUACUUUUCUUAAAAUCCUAAUACAAUAUUUUCAAAUUUAAUUUUAUUGAAAUAUUUUAGCAUCAUCUGGAGACAAGCAGCUUUAAAGAGUUGAAUAUAUGUUUUAUUGGAAUACGUUUAUAUAGAUAUGCUUAUUACAUAAAUUUCUGUGUUAAUAUCUGUAUAGAAUGUUAAAUAAUAAGAGGAAAUUUUUUCGGUUGAAUGAAAUAUUUUUAAUAUAUUUUCACACAACAUGAUGAAAUUCCAUAUAUUUCACGAGCCAGAAAGGCGAGUGAAAUAUAUAGAAUUUUAUCAUGUUAAGUGCAAACAUAUUCUAUAUUUCACGAAAAAAUAACCUUUUUAUUUAGUUUUUCCUUCAAGAAUAAAAGUUCUUUACGAAUACACCUAUUUGCCAUGCAGUUGCAAUUGUACGGAGUGCAGUCAUGCAUUGAUUAUCUAUAGGUGCAUGAAGUGGUUCAAAUUCAAUACACAAUUUAUCACAGCCAUUAAACCGUCUUGAAAAAAAAAAAACAUAGCCAGAUAAUUUCUGAUGAUAAUUGAAUAGCUGAACUCAUUGCAAAAGAGAAGCAUCUGAAAAGGUAGUCCUAAACAUAUAUAUAAGUUUUGAUUUCACCCACUUUCAUAUUCAUUUCUCAUAUUUGUAUUUUCACAAAAAUGAUAUGUGUAUUUAGCUGAUAUAGCACAAUAUGUUACAGGUUGAAUUAAAUAAAUUCUUUUAUUUUUCCUUCUACUUGAAAUUAUUAAAGCGACAGGCCUCCAGAUGUUUAUAUUAUUAACCCUUUAAAAAGGCCCCCAAUUUUAUCUGGAGUGUGAUACUUAAUGUUUUUGAAAUAGUUGUAUAUUUUAAUUUUUUGAAACUGCAUUGGUUGAUAUAAUUCAUUGAGAAAAAGUGCAGUACACAAAAAGGAUAAUUUUUUAGUUAUUGCCCCUAUUGUUUUUAAAGGGUCGAAGUUUAUCUUCUUUGUAUACCACAAAAUUGUAUUUGAGAUAUAUACUGGAAAC